AUGGCUUCCCGGCACAACUUCUUCUCGCGGUUACAAACAUCUCUUAUUUUAUGCGGCCUCACUUCAAGAAUCAAAGACCGGAUCCGGAACCGCAUCAACGAAGAGCUGAUCCGACGCGAUCGGGCCCUCAUUAAAAUUGGCAAUAAAUUUCGCUGGCAUGUGAGCAACAAGCGCAGGAAGUUGCGCUCAAAAGUUAGCGCAGGAAUCACUGUUUUCUCCCCCAUCGAGCGUGUUAUCCAAGAAGCUUGCCGUCGCUAUGGCGAAUUUACCGAAUUUGGAAUGGAUUCGUUCCUGAAUGUCGGGCAGCCGGCGGAGGACACAGCGGACCCGGACGAGUUCGAUCCACCCUGUGGUAGCAACCAUCACAGUCGUCUCUACGGAAUGCUCGACAUCAAGAAUGAACUUCCUGAAAAAGACGACCUCAUUAUGCUCGACGAUGACGAGCCGCCGUUGGCCCCCAGCGCUUCGCUCGAGCAGUUCCUUGCCCAAAACACCGAAAUUCCACCCGCCACCGUGACGGUCGCCUCAACGAUCUCGGCUCCGAUACAAACAACACCCUCUCCAGGCUCCCAAUUUGGUGCAAAAUUCGUGCCCCGGUUGGUGGCCUUGAGGAGUAUUGUGGAUCGGAUUCAGGACUUGGAGAAUCAUACGCUGAGGCUUGAGGCGAAGCUGGACUUGUUGAUUCAACAAACCGUUUGUGCUUCCGCUUGGAAAACUUGCCAGGACACACGAACCGCUCAACUCAAGGGUGUCGCUUAUCGGUUUCCGUUCUCCGGAAAAAUCUAUUACGACCGCGACAAUCUCACGAUCACCUACGGCCACAACAUCAACCAAAUCGACCCUUUCAAUUCGUUGUUUGACUAUCCGAAACAUAGGGAUCCCCGGAUCGCGAUCCCGAGAGAUCUGCCCUGGAAGCCGAACGUGCCGACGAGGGCGAAGAGACAAGUCCAAGUCGAGGUCAUCAACAACGAGUCGAACUCGGUGCCGGUACAUCCCGAAAGCGCCGCGAAGGGCCAAAUCGACGCCAUUGUUCGUCAUCUACAAGACCCACCGCCAAAUGUCGAAGCCCAUCCGAGGGUCAAGCCAUUGGCUGUGGCCCCACCUGGUCCUGCUCCCAUACCUCUACCUCCAGAUACCAGCACCAACGUGCAGCCGUUUUAUCCUAUAGGCCCGCCACCAAACCCGGAAGAGGUGUUGCGAAAGCUGAAUCCGCAGAUAUUCCUGAAAGACCAUGAAGCUAACAACCAAGAAAUCGUUCGUCAGCUGAUGGCGAUAAAUCAGCAGCCUGUGCAGCCAAUCUUGGACCCGUAUCUGAAGCUGAGGGUGGAGAGACCGAAUCUGUUGCAGCAGGUCUUGGAACGCCAAGUACAACAAAACGCGCUCCUCGAAGGCCAGGCAAAACUGCACCAACAACUCCGCCAGCCUCAACCUCGGCCCCUUGAAUCUGGGAAACGCUGUCAACUAGCACAGUACCCCAGCCGGGUGUCCCUCCCCCUCAGCAGCCACUUCUACCGCUUCAACCCGUCGUGCCACGCUUCUUCUUUUGAUCUCAUGGAUACUUCCCGGGCCAGGCAGGAGACGCGCCUGCACACCGGGGAGGACUGCGCCAGGCCCGCGAGAAGCAAGGCCGUGGCCAGUGCUGCGCCACGAGCCUGUGCAACGUGGUCCCCGAUCGCCCAGCAUGAGGCACCGGCUCCCACCUCCGCCACCAACAAGUUCGGCCCCGUCAUCGUGUUCAUCUACCUGGCCACCGUCUCCCUCAUCGGCGCCAUGAUUUUCAAUGCG